UAAUUAUGGCAUGACAUCGACCAAACCGAGCCUCCUCGACUAAUCCCUCCCUCUCUCCCUCACCAUCGACCGCCGCCGCCGCCUACGAUCAUGAACGCUCUCCCACGCCUCCCCUGGCGUGCGUCGUCACAGUCGACGCAGAAAUGGAGCUGCUUCUUCUGCCAGCACGCCGUCCGUCCGGCGCCGCGAAGCGGUUUGCGCUCGCCUCCCGCCGCCGCCGCUCGCCGAGCGGCCUCGACAACGCCGCCGAAGCAAACCGGCCCCAGCUUCGGCGGUGCGCCGUCCAUGGAGCAAGUGCACGCCCAUUAUAAGCGGAAGAAUGCGUCGACAGCAUACUACACGCUCAGCGUCAUCCUUGGAACGGUCGCGCUGUCAUACGGCUCCGUGCCUCUUUAUAAGAUGAUCUGCCAGACGACAGGCUGGGGCGGCCAGCCCAUCCGCGCUCACGGCCCGGACGUCGACUACAGCGAGGACGGGCUGGCCUCUCGCCUGGUGCCCGUGACCUCGGCCAACCGCAUCCGCGUUACCUUCAGCUCGUCCGUCUCGGACGUGCUACCCUGGAAGUUCACGCCGCAGCAGCGCGAGGUGCGCGUGCUUCCCGGCGAGACGGCGCUGGCUUUUUACACGGCCACCAACAACUCAGACUCGGACAUCAUUGGCGUCGCGACCUACAGCGUGACACCCGGCCAGGUGGCGCCGUACUUCAGCAAGAUCCAGUGCUUCUGUUUCGAGGAGCAGCGAUUGAACGCCGGGGAGACGGUCGACAUGCCCGUGUUCUUCUAUUUGGAUCCGGAUAUCGUGAACGACGUCAACAUGCGCGGCAUCGAAACCGUGACUUUGAACUACACGUUCUUCAAGGCCAAGUACGACGACAAUGGCAAAUUCAAGGCGCCUUCGUCCAUGGCCUGAAAAGACCGAGCUAUUCAUGUUCAAGGGCGACACUUGACCAAGCCGAAUACCCAAAUUCCCCACUCCUCCAUCUUUUCACCGAUAUCCCAUCUGUAUAAAACCAUCAAACCUGUGUCGUUUGGUUCUAUAAGCUCGGGCUGUGUUCAAAUAUCAUUGUACAUCCCCAUUGGGGGCGGGGCAUAUCAUGAGGCGUUCAAAAGAACCAUUGAAUUAGACAAGAAAUAGUUCAGCUGCGGGUACACGUAUAAGUCGGUUUCUGACGGCUACUCUCCCCAGCACCCAGUGGACCACUGUAUCCGUACGCAACAUGCCUGGGUUGCUAGGUCUGGUUGCCGCAGAAGGUGAACUUUUAAAAAGGGAAGACGCAUGUAAGAUACCAUUGAUGUUCGGGGUUUGGGGGGGAGAAAGAAAAGGAAGCGGCUGCUUUUGCUCAUUAUUUCAGUCGCAGAAUUCUACUCAAGCAACUGCCACCCGCGAGCACAACUCAGCAAACGCAUAACAUGGACGGGGCCACAUAAAUGGUCGUUCAACUGAGAAAUUCUGUCCCAGUCACCAGAAUGGACCUUCCCACCGGGACUGUUAUAAAAAGCAACC